UGAGCCUGAGGUGUGACUUUGUAUAGAAAAGAAAGAGAAAUAGAUGGUGGUUAGCCAUGGAAGCCAUGUCUGUCUUCCCCUGGUUUUAAGAACCUUUGACCUUCCUAUGAAAAACCACAGCCAUCCAUCUCACAAAUUACCAAAUUCCCCCUUCCUCUCUCUCUAAAUUCUCUCUCUCUGUCAAACCAACAACAAAAGAAGAAGAGCAAAAGAAAGAACCCCACAAACCAAAUUCAACUCCUUCACAUUUUUCUGUUGAAUCUGAUUCAGUUUCUCCCCUCCCCCCUUCUCUCUUUUCUAUGAACUUUGUUUUUACAGGUCUGUCAAGAUUGCUGGUUUGUUCUCUCUCGUUUAUUCUAUCAAAAGAUUCAUCAAAAAGCUGAAGAUGGUGCGGGAAAUGGAAGAAGAAGAGAAUCACAGAAGCCAGAGCUCCGUCCCUUUGAACGACACCGUUUUGGAGAAGCCCCCCACUAAUCGCCAAGACAAAGCCCCUAAAGCUAAGGUAUGCAGAGAUGAUGCUGCUGCUCCAGUUAAGCCACCCAAAGAUCAGCCACCAACAGAAAUAGAACAGAUGAAGGAGAGGUUUGCAAAAUUGCUUUUGGGUGAAGACAUGUCUGGUGGAGGAAAGGGUGUUUCAUCGGCUUUAGCAUUGUCAAAUGCAAUCACAAAUCUUGCAGCUUCUGUUUUCGGGGAACAAUGGCGUCUCGAGCCGAUGUCAGUGGAGCGAAAAGCAAGGUGGAGAAAAGAGAUUGACUUGCUUUUAUCAGUCACAGAUUACAUUGUUGAAUUUGUUGCGUCUCAACAGAAAUCCAAGGAUGGAACAAACAUGGAGAUCAUGGUUACCCGUCAACGCAAUGACCUUCACAUGAACAUCCCUGCACUGCGAAAGCUUGACGCGAUGCUUAUUGAUUGUUUGGAUAAUUUUAAGGACCAAUCUGAGUUCUACUACGUAUCGAGAGAUUCGAGUGAUGCGAAUAAAGACAAUGCUUCAAAGAGAAGUGACAAAUGGUGGCUACCUACUCCUAAAGUUCCUACGAAUGGUUUAUCUGAAAACUCAAGGAAGUUUAUGCAGUAUCAAAAGGAUUGUGUAAACCAAGUCCUGAAAGCAGCCAUGGCCAUAAAUGCUCAAGUUCUAUCAGAAAUGGAGAUCCCAGAAAACUACAUUGAGUCAUUGCCUAAGAAUGGGAGGGAAAGCCUUGGAGACUCUAUCUACAGAAACAUAACGGUCGAAUUCUUCGACCCGGAUCAGUUUCUAUCUACCAUGGACUUAUCUUCAGAGCACAAGAUCCUAGACCUCAAGGACAGAAUUGAGGCUUCCAUUGUGAUAUGGAAGCGUAAGAUGAACCAGAAAGAUGGAAAAUCUGCUUGGGGCUCAGCUGUGAGCUUGGAGAAGAGAGAGCUUUUCGAGGAGAGAGCAGAAACAAUUUUACUCAUCCUCAAACAUCGUUUCCCAGGCACUCCUCAGUCAGCAUUAGACAUUAGCAAAAUCCAAUACAAUCGGGAUGUUGGACAGGCUGUUCUAGAGAGUUACUCUAGAAUCCUGGAAAGCUUAGCCUUCACAGUGAUGUCAAGGAUUGAAGAUGUACUCUACGCAGAUUAUAUCGCUCAAAAUCCAUCACAAGCAUCGAGUAAGAAGCGGGAAACCCCAUCGGUAUCACCUGCAGAAGAGACACAAAAUGCAGCAGAGACGCCUACUUCUAUGACACUAUUGGAUUUCAUGAAUUGGGGUCCGGAUCUUGGUGAUAAUGAGGUAAAGAAGGAGUCGCCAACAGGGAAUUCUGACACUGCGCCAUCGCCAGAGGUUGAAAUGAAGCAUGUGCACAAGCUUCAAAACAUAGUGACUAAUAAUAAGUUGGUCUCGUACCUUGAGAACAUAGGCGGUUUGAAAAGCCCCACGUCGCGACAUUGACUCAAGUUCAUUCUGGAAGGAACUUGAGAAGAAAUAACGAGUAAAGAUCAAGCAUGAGAUUUUAGCGAAAGGGGGAGAGAGCAUAACAGGAGUACACAGUUAAAAGCUCAACCUCCUUUUCACUGAGUUUUUCUUUAGAGCUGUAAUUACCAAAUCCAUUCAAUUCAUUCCUGCUGUAAAUAUGAAGGAUGAGCACAACUAAUUUGGUAUUUGGAGUAUUUUUAAUAUGGUUCUUCUGCAGAUGUUAACUAUUAGUCAAUUUUGUUAGAAAGAGCAAGUCUUUUUAACCAUAUUUCAUUAUCAGUCUUUCAAAGGAACUGGCAAGGCCACAUUGUAAAAGUACAUUCAUCACAUAAUAACAAUUGCUUAAAUAACACUCCCAAAUGGUAUCUUCAAAACAUACUGGUAGGAGAGUUGAGAGAGAAAAUUUACAUACAACAAAAAACCCAGAGAAAAGGAUUU